CUCAAUUUAGCUACACACGCCCGGCGGCACAGUCACUCGAUCGAUCGAUCGCGGCAACAUUUGGAAGAAACAGCAGAGCAAUAGUGGUUGUUUUUCAAGAUGGCUCGCACGAAGCAGACUGCUUAUAGAUCAACCGGAGAGUGGAUCCCCAUGCGUCCUGUUCAUGGAGGGAAGGCGCCUCGCCAGCAGUUACGCACCAUGGCUGGAAAAAAGACUGUAGCUAGGAAGGGACCUUGCCAGCAGUUACGCUCUCGUGCUGGAAGAAAGACUGUAGCAAGGAAGGCGCCUCCCGAGCAGUUGGUCACUGGAGGUGCAAGAAAGCCUUACCGUUACCUCCCUGGAACAAUUGCUCUUCGUGAAAUACGUGAGUACCAAAAGGGCGCUGAUCUUCUCAUAAAGAAAUUGCCGUUCCAGAGGUUGGUCAGAGAGGUUGGUCAAAAUUUGAAGGCUGAUCUCCGUUUUCAGAGCCAUGCCCUUGUCGCCCUGCAGGAGGCAGCGGAAGCUUACCUCGUCGGCCUCUUCGAGGACACCAACCUGUGCGCUACACAUGCCCAGCGCAUCACCAUCCUGCCUAAGGACAUUCAGCUGGCUAGGAGGAUCCGUCGCGAGAGGGAGUAGCAGUGCUAACAAAUGAAGUUGCAGACUUGCAAUAUACAAUGUUAAUAUAUACAACUUUUUCCCUUAAGUUGGACCUUUUGUCCGUUUGUUUCUAGU